CGAUUGCUCACGGUGAAUCGCAGUUACACGAGCGGGGGUCGGCUUGGAACAUGUGUGAAUCGUAGCUAGUGCAGGACUAUAUGUCUGCAUUGCUCUGACCGCCCUAUGGUCGCGCGCACACUGGGACUCGACUCCCACCUUCUUUCUAGAUGCCUGUCUCUAAACAGAUAUUGGUCGGCAGCCCUACGAGCCAUCCCAAGCUUUUCGCGUUACCGUUUUCUUCCUGCUUUGCUUUCAUCUAUUUCUUGGGCUAGGGUCCUCUCUGCCACAAAUGUGAAAACGGCUCGGUUUGCGCGGCUUAAGGAUGCACACGUAUGGUGUAACGGUUGGGAGGCUCUGCCCGUGUUCCUGGUUCAAUCCCAGUUAAUGUCAUCUUGCCGCUCGCAAAUUUCUUCAGCCUUUUUUUCACCACUGGGAAAGAAAAGUGGAUCUGAAUCGUGCUCCAUGAACCGCACAGAUGAUCUCCCUUCAGCAGGGAGUGACUCAUGCGCGUCUUGGUUCUGACAGACGGAGAAACACGUUGAUCAGCAUUCGUCGUAAGUCUAUGCAGUGCGAUAAUGCUCUACUUACCUUCUUGCGCUACGUUCUUCCCUAUUGGUCUGCUCAUAUAAGUUACAAGACCAGGAAAGGGCUGUGGCUUACUGUCAAUGCUGUAU